GAGAUGAUCUCAAAGGUAUAGACCCUCUAAUUUUAAGGUUUCUCGUGUGUCCACAACAAACUACAUUUCCCGGCACACCGUGUGACGGCCGGACGUAGCUGGCUUCUGCUCGUGGCUGAACUUACACACACACACAGAGAGAGUGAACAACUGAGACAGCCUGCACAUUUCAGAGGCACUGAAGGGCAUUUUAUACUCCUUAAGGAUAUUCCGUUACGUGAAAACCCUCGGGCUCCGUGUAACAAUGGAGGCAUAUUUACGGAGCUGUCGCGAUGUGCUUAAGGGUUGUAGUAAGAACAGCCCAGGGCUGCAUGUCGUAAUGGGAAAUGAGGCUUGUGAUGUGGACUCCAUGGUAUCAGCCCUGACCUUCGCCUACUUUCUUUCAAAGAGUCUUGAUUGUAAGAGGAUGCCGGUCCCUGUGCUCAACAUCCCACGGGCUGAGUUCCCCUUGCGCUCUGACAGCACCUUUCUGCUGAGAGAGACCGGUCUGUCGCAGGACUGCCUGCUGUUCAGGGACGAGGUGGACCUCCACGGCCUGCACAAGAACAAACAGCUGACGCUGACGCUGGUCGACCACAAUGUUCUGCCCAGUGCUGACAGUGAGCUGGAGGACGCAGUUGUGGAAGUGAUUGAUCAUCACCUCCUACAGAGGCCCACAUCCCCCUCCUGUCCAGUCACUGUGGAGCCCGUGGGCUCCUGUGCCACCUUGGUGACUGAGCGCAUUGCCCAAAAAGCACCGGAGGCGCUCGACCAACAAGUGGCUCAGCUUUUAUACGGUACCAUUAUCCUAGACUGUGUUAACAUGGCACCUGAAGCAGGUAAAGUCACCCCUAAGGAUAGCCAGUACGCCGUCUUUUUGGAGAAGCGUUUUCCAAAACUGCCUCAGAGGGGCGCUCUCUUUCAGUCGCUACAGAAUGCCAAGUUUGACGUGUCAGGCCUCUCUACGGAACAGAUGCUGUUGAAAGACAUGAAAGCAGCGUCUGGUGAGGAUCUGAAAUUGGCUGUCAGUGUCAUUUACAUGACACUAGAGGCUUUUCUUCAGCGGCGUGGACUACAGCAGGACCUUUGUGAGUUCUGCCACAAUUACAACUACAACCUGGUGGUUGCCAUGACAAUCUCUUUCAUUGACAACAAGGAGCCCUUCCGACAGCUAGCCGUCUACAGCUCCAGCACUGUCUACAGGGAAGAGAUGAGUAAAGCACUAGAAAAAGCCAAAAACCCCAGUCUGGACCUUAAGCCAAUGAGCAGUCCAUAUCCAGAUGUGAAGGCCUUUAUACAGGGUAACACAUUAGCAUCCCGCAAGAAGGUAAUGCCCAUAAUCACAGACUUCCUGAAGGAGAGGGAAAGAAAAUUGUAUCAAAAUGUGAACAUGGAGGACCUAGAUCUGGACGAUGAUUGCAUUCAGGACCAGAGUGACUCUCAACAAUGUCCCGAGGACGCUGGGAUAGAGGACGAUGGUCAGGUUCCUCCAACGCCAAUGAACAGUCUGGUAGAGGGUUGUCCCUUAGACAAUGGCUUACCAAAAAUCAGUCCUGAGGCUUUGGUGGAGAAAGUUAGCAAGAUGGCCAGCAUGGAGGACACGUCUUCUGAGGGACAGUGAUGAGAAUCUGUUGUCCAAGAGAUUCUUGAAUAAGAGCUGAAGAAGGAAAGUCCUUCUGAGUCUUCAAGAGGAUGAAGUGCAUAUCCAACAGUGCUGCUUGAGAAUGAAAUGGCACUUUUUUUGACCUGGUUAACUCACAAAGGUACGAUACAGUCUGAAGAGACCAUUCUGUUGACUUUGUAAGGACUGGUACAUGAUCGUUCAAAUGGAGCAUUACAGAAAUGCAUUAUAUAAAAAAGUGUUUAAAGUUUGACUAUCGUUAAAAAAAAUAAAAAAUUCAGGUUUAGGCUGUUUAUUUAUUGUUCACAGUCGUAUUCAUAUUUGAUCUUCUAAAUUAAUCAGAAGGCUCGUUGAGACAUAUGAACAUUUAAACAUAUUAUCUAAAAUUGACAAUAAGCACCCAGUGCAAGCUAGCAACUGACAAUUAAUAGAAUAAACUGAUUCAGAAUUAAUUUCUGGUAUUAUACAAUUAAUUAUAACGUGGUAGCUAUCGUUGCUUUUGAUGCAAAUAACAUACUUCAUUCUUUGUAGUGUUAAUUAAAGAAGUUAUUUUCAGCUUGUCUGCAGAUCAUGUAUGUGGCAUGGCAUUGAUUCCCCCAGAAAAUUGUUUUGAUUUUUCCCUUGAUUUACAAAACCGAAUGGAAAAUGCAUUUAUAGUAACACUCUUACAGUAUUAUCCUAGUCAUAAUUUCAGUUAAACUUUGAAACAAUACUAGAGUUGCAUAUUUACAUUUAUGCAUAUGUUAAUAUAUAUACAUACAGGUGCUGGUCAUAUAAUUAGAAUAUCAUCAAAAAGUUUAUUUAUUUCACUAAUUCCAUUCAAAAAGUGAAACUUGUAUAUUAUAUUCAUUCAUUACACACAGACUGAUAUAUUUCAAAUGUUUAUUUCUUUUAAUUUUGAUGAUUAGAGCUUACAGCUCAUGAAAGUCAAAAAUCAGUAUCUCAAAAUAUUAGAAUAUUUACAUUUGAGUUUGAAUAAAUGACCAUCCCUACAGUAUAAAUUCUGGGUAUCUCUUGUUCUUUGAAACCACAAUAAUGGGGAAGACUGCUGACUUGGCAAUGAUCCAGAAGACGAACAUUGACACCAUCCACAAAGAGGGCAAGUCACAGAAGGUCAUUACUGAAAGGUGUGGCUGUUUACAGAGUGCUGUAUCAAAGCAUAUUAAAUGCAAAGUUGACUGGAAGGAAGAAUUUGGGUAGGAAAAGGUGCACAAGCAACAGGGAUGACUGCAAGCUUGAGAAUACAGUCAAGCAAAGCCGAUUCAAACACUUGGGAGAGCUUCACAAGGAGAGAACUGAAGCUGGAGUCAGUGCAUCAAUAGUCACCACGCUCAGACGUCUUCAGGAAAAGGGCUACCAAGCCACUUCUGAACCAGAGACAACGUCAGAAGCAUCUUAACUGGGCUGUGGAGAAAAAAAACUUGCACCUGCCCACACUGCCAAAGGUAACAAAAGCUGGUUCAAUGACCAUAGUGUUACUGUGCUUGAUUGGCCAGCAAACUCGCCUGACCUGAACCCCAUAGAGAAUCUGUGGGGUAUUGUCAAGAGGAAGAUGAGAGACACCAGACCCAACAAUGCAGAUGAGCUGAAGGCCACUAUCAGAGAAACCUGGGCUCUCAUAACACCUGAGCAGUGCCACAGACUGAUCGACUCCAUGCCACGCCACAUUGCUGCAGUAAUUCAGGCAAAAGGAGCCCCAACUAAGUAUUGAGUGCUGUACAUGCUCAUACUUUUCAUUUUCAUACUUUUCAGUUGGCCAAGAUUUCUAAAAAUCCUUUGUUUGUAUUGGUCUUAAGUAAUAUUCUAAUAUUUUGAGAUACUGAUUUUUGACUUUCAUUAGCUGUAAGCUCUAAUCAUCAAAAUUAAAAGAAAUAAACAUUUGAAAUAUAUCAGUCUGUGUGUAAUGAAUGAAUAUAAUAUACAAGUUUCACUUUUUGAAUGGAAUUAGUGAAAUAAAUCAACUUUGAUGAUAUUCUAAUUAUAUGACCAGCACCUGUAUAUUUUUUUUCAGUGCCGCCUGUUUGUCUGCAAACAGUGCAAGUAUUUAAGCAUUUAUGCAGUUCCUGUUGGGAUGAGUCAAAAUGAUUGUGUGGUAAUUGGCAGCGUGUCAAAGAUGCAGUCCAUAAAUCUUAAAUUGAUGACGUUAUGUCAUUUUAUAUCACGACGCAUCAGAUGUAAAUGAAGAUGAACAUGUAUUGGAUUAGUACAUCUUGUCAUGAUUCCCCAAUAAUAUUGUAAAGGAGUUAUUAUUGGUACGUGAAAAGUGAACGUAACCCCUCUGUGGCCUUUUGCAUGUUAUAGGUGUUAACUGACCUGCUCCUGGUUAGAAUCAGGGCACCUGCAUUUUAGUCAAUGAGAUUUUACCAUUAACUACCAAAGACCUCAGUUGUAUUUGUGUGUUCGGCAUGUUAAACAUUUGAUCAUUUGAGAUUUAAAACUUUAGUAUUCAGUUCUUUUCUAUUAUGUUAUCUUACAUAAUUUAUUUGAUGGCUCUGGGUACAUUAGGGUUGAAAAACAUUAGUUUGUUGAGAUUUUCAUGGACAGCCCGUUUGAUUUGUUAUACGGCCAGCAGCUUAUUUGCAGAUUCAAUCAUACUUGGACUAUCAUCAUAAUUACAGUAUUCAUUUUUUUAAUAAAUACAAAAGCUCAAUCCAAGGCAUUUUAAAGGCCUAACUGGACGAAUCUUAUAUAAUGACAUGUUCUGUCAGACAGUUAUAUAAAGAGUUUUUUUUCCCCAUAGAAGAUAAAGGGCUAAUGUAGAUAUGACUUAAUUAACAGUUCAGCAAAAUCAGUUAAUAUUGGACGUGAAACCUAUAAGAUGGUAUGUUGGUGUUUUGAGGUGUUGUGUAUCCCCUGUGAUUUAACCCCGACUGUUGGUUUGGUGAGAUUUGACAGGGGGACAGCAGAGGAUUGCUGCAUGCUGCCUCAGGAGAACUAAGCACAUACUAGUCGAUUCCGCCAAACUAUAUAACUCCAAUAUCAUAAUAAUGUUGUAUGAAAUGUUGAUUUGAUGUAAAUGUAUUGAUGUGCUACGCUUGUUAAACAGGACAUUCAAGAGCACAUACUCUGUCAAGUAUUUUAUUGCCACGGACUUUUUUAUUUUAAGUUCUCUGACUCAUUAUGAAUAAAACAUUUUCAAAUUGUU